AUCGAAAGCGUUUAGUUGGGUUUCUGCAGCGUUUCCAAUUGCAUGGAAGCCCAUGAUCGCGCGCAAUAAGAGACUUCGAAUUUUAACGUUGUGUGUCCGUGAUCGUGCGAAUAACGGCCUACGCCACAGCGAAUCUAGCGAGUGAUUGCUUGUUCGGGCGCUCUAAUUGCUAAUUAAUGAGCCGAAGGGCCGUUGGCAUGCAUUAAUGAAUUAGUAAUGCAAAUACUUGUACAAAUAUCAAUUUAUUGUGUAUAGUUCGUUAACAGUUAUUCUUGGUACUAGUUUAUAAAGUUGAAUGGAGAUGUAAAGAAAUGUGUGAGUUGUUCGUUUGUUGUUCUGUCAGGUAAUUGUGAAAAGUGUUAAAUCGAAGUAGAACAUGUGAUAAUUGUAUACAAAUGUAUUGGUGCAUGUCUGAUUAACUACUGUGAAGUGAUUUGGCACGGAUUGCAAACUGCAUUGUGAGACCAGCGAGCGAGAAGUGCAGUUCGGUUAGAGAACAAGUCUUGCAAAAAAAAAACAUACUUUUAUGUAUUUUUACUUGAAUAAAAAGUGAUAUGCGCUUGAAGAAUGGGCGUGGGUUUCGAAGAUAUUUUAUCAAACUUUAAAAGAAAAACAAAUUUUGAAAAAAUUCUUUCUUCCAAGUGGUUGCUCUAAACAACAUAUAGACUACUCUCUUAAUUUCUAUUAGAUUGUUAUGAAAGGGAUUAAAAGCCCAGCAAUAGAAGCGAAGGUUCUUAAGUGCUUUAAAGCGGAACCACUCGACCAAUUGCAACGAAAUUCAAUUCAUAACAUAUUUUUGACACCCAAGUGUUACCAGUGGAAAAUGGGCGAAAUCGGUUAACCACCACGCCUACUUCCCAUAUAAGACAAUUUGAAUUCCAUGAAGAGCCAAUGAAGAUAUCGGAAUAAAACUAUGAACAAAUACUGUAUUUCAAGUAUGGUAACGUCCGUCAAAAAAUCGAAAUUGAACGAUAACUUUGCAAGGCGUGCAAGCAUAUAAAUACUAAAUUCCGAUUUUGUACUAACAACAUUGAAGAUAUUAAACUCACGAAUGAGAUACUAAAAACCACAAUCACGUUCUACUAAAGGAACCUGUGUAUUGUAUAUGGUCAACAUCAAUGAAAAUUUUCAAACUCACUACACACAUUUCACUCAAAUAAUUAACUCUGAAAAUAGUUUAAAAAUAAAAUAAUCAAACAACGAAUGAUUAAUAAGAUAAUUAAACCCGAAAAUGGCCUUAAUAAGUGAGUUCCUGCACUUGAGCAUUGCUGUGUUGCUCUUGGCUGCGACAGCACAGACAGUCGAAGAAAGCGCCAAAUGGAUCUGCACCUCGACAGAUUUGUGUGUCAUCGAUCAGGCGGCAAAUAUCGGCGAUGCCAAACGCUUCGAGAGCCAAAACGAUUGUCGCCUCUCUUGCGGCCGAUAUGGCGCCAUCUGGCCAAUGCCCACCGGCGACUGUAAUUUAUCCAACGAACGCGUGCGCUUCGACCCGUGGAAAGUGAGAUUCAAUGUGGUGGCGCCCGACGCGGCAACCACGCAGUAUUUACGCGAAUCGAAUCGCAUUUUUGUCAGUAAUAUGCUGAAGGAGUGUGUGAGAAACUGUUCGCUGCCGACGAGCAAGGAGGUGUACGUGAAGACUACAGUGAGUUCGAAUAGUUUGGUGUUGGACUGGGGCACGAAUGAGACCUAUCAGCUGAGUUUGCGUACAACAGAAAUGGCGACUUUUGUAGAUGUGAAGGCGCAAACGGUUUAUGGCGCUCGGCAUGCGCUGGAGACGCUCAGUAAUCUCAUGACGGGCAGCAAAGAUAAUGGUCUGCUGUUGGUAAAAACUGCCCGCGUACGCGAUGGACCUAUUUACUCGCACCGUGGCUUGCUGCUGGACACCGCACGCAAUUAUAUGCCCUUGAGACUCAUCAGCCGCAUUCUAGACGGUAUGGCUGCCUCGAAGAUGAAUGUGCUGCACUGGCAUGUGGUCGAUACGCAGAGCUUUCCACUGGAGAUCACACGGGUUCCCGAACUACAGCAGUUUGGCGCCUAUGGUCCCGAUUUGGUAUACAGCCGCGUCGACACCCAAAAUAUGGUGCGUUAUGCACGUCUGCGCGGCAUACGCAUUAUUAUCGAAAUCGAUGGACCCUCACAUGCUGGCAAUGGUUGGCAGUGGGGACCCAUGUCGGGACUGGGUAACAUGGCGGUGUGUGUCAAUCAACUGCCCUGGCGUUCGUAUUGCAUUGAGCCACCAUGUGGACAAUUGAAUCCGCUCAACGAGAAUAUGUACGCCAUAAUGAAGGAGAUCUACGAAGAUCUCGCCGAAGUGAAUGCGCCGGAGGAGACAAUUCAUAUGGGCGGCGAUGAGGUGUUUAUACCCUGUUGGAAUCGCACAGACGAAAUCACGCGUCGCAUGCGUGACACGGGUUAUGAUUUGAGUUUACGCAGCUUUUACAAGUUAUGGGCAGAAUUUCAUCAGAAAAACUUGGACUCGUGGGACAAUGUGACACAGCGACAGUAUGCACGUAAUCCCGUACCGAAAUCGGUAAUAUUGUGGUCGAGUCAUCUGACAGACCCCGAUAUUAUUGCGGAGUAUCUACCCAAAGAGCGUUACAUAAUACAAACGUGGGUGGAGUCGGACAAAACACUGAACAACGAGUUGCUGCUGAAGGGCUAUCGCAUCAUCGUGUCCACGAAGGAUGCCUGGUAUUUGGAUCAUGGUUUCUGGGGACGCACAGAGUAUCAUAGUUGGAAGAAGGUCUACGACAAUCGCAUGGAAGUGCAUCCGCUGGUGUUGGGCGGUGAAGUGUGCAUGUGGAGCGAGUUUGUGGAUCAGAGUUCCGUGGAGUCACGUAUAUGGCCACGCGCUGGCGCUGCGGCUGAACGACUGUGGGCGAAUCCAAAACUAUCGAGCUUGCUGGUGCAGACUCGCUUCUUGCGUUAUCGCGAACGUCUGCUAUCGCGCGGCAUUAAACCCGACGCGGUCAUACCGAAGUGGUGUGUGCUGAACGAGGGACAGUGUUUGUAGUUAUUUAUUCAAAUUUAUACAAUAAAAAAUAAAAUAAAAUUUUAAAAUAUUGCGUUUAA